ACUCUGGAGCGGAGGAAAGCCAGUCCAGCCCAAUGGACGCGUUCUCUCUCUCUCACACCUCCGGUCCAGAUUAAUUCCGGACUGUACCCACCUCCAAAAUCCAACGGUUUACAUCGCAUCUCGCGCCUCUUAUAUUCCCCAUUUUCCCAUUUCGCCCUCCUCUGUCUGUGUCUCUGUUGUCUCUGUCUCUCUCUCUCUCUCUCUGUUUCUCUUUCGCUCGCUCACCCGCCUUCGUUCUCCGUCAAAUUCCGAAAGGUUGUAGAAGAUGGCAGAUGCUGAGGACAUUCAGCCACUCGUGUGCGACAAUGGGACAGGAAUGGUUAAGGCUGGAUUUGCUGGAGAUGAUGCACCACGAGCUGUGUUCCCUAGCAUUGUAGGCCGUCCUCGUCAUACUGGUGUGAUGGUUGGGAUGGGCCAGAAGGAUGCAUAUGUUGGUGAUGAAGCUCAAUCCAAGCGUGGUAUUUUAACUCUCAAAUACCCAAUUGAGCAUGGUAUUGUGAGCAACUGGGAUGACAUGGAAAAGAUUUGGCAUCACACCUUCUACAAUGAGCUUCGGGUUGCCCCAGAAGAGCACCCAGUUCUCCUAACUGAGGCUCCUCUCAACCCUAAAGCCAAUCGUGAAAAGAUGACCCAAAUCAUGUUUGAGACCUUUAACACUCCUGCUAUGUAUGUAGCCAUUCAAGCUGUUCUUUCCUUGUAUGCAAGUGGUCGUACAACUGGUAUUGUGCUGGACUCUGGUGAUGGUGUCAGUCAUACAGUCCCCAUAUACGAGGGGUAUGCCCUCCCACAUGCCAUCCUUCGUCUUGACCUGGCUGGCCGUGACCUCACAGAUCAUUUAAUGAAAAUUCUCACCGAGCGUGGCUAUUCUUUUACCACCACAGCCGAGCGUGAAAUUGUGAGGGACAUGAAGGAAAAGCUUGCUUAUAUUGCCCUUGAUUACGAGCAGGAGCUGGAGACUUCCAGGACCAGCUCUUCGGUUGAGAAGAGCUAUGAGCUGCCUGAUGGGCAGGUUAUCACUAUCGGUGCUGAGCGUUUCCGAUGCCCCGAGGUUCUGUUCCAACCAUCCAUGAUUGGAAUGGAAGCAGCAGGCAUUCAUGAGACCACAUAUAACUCCAUCAUGAAGUGUGAUGUUGAUAUCAGGAAGGACCUGUACGGUAACAUUGUCCUCUCAGGUGGUUCAACAAUGUUCCCGGGCAUUGCUGAUAGAAUGAGCAAGGAAAUCUCUGCACUAGCCCCAAGCAGUAUGAAGAUCAAGGUGGUGGCUCCGCCUGAGAGGAAGUACAGUGUCUGGAUUGGAGGAUCCAUUUUGGCAUCACUUAGCACCUUCCAGCAGAUGUGGAUCGCCAAGGCCGAGUACGAUGAGUCCGGGCCAUCGAUUGUGCAUAGGAAAUGCUUCUAAACGUUCAAGAACAGGAUUUUUGAAGAAACAAACAGGAAGAAGUGCAGCUUGCAACCCUUUCGAUCCAGCUUUGUUAUCCUUUGAUGUAAUUCUCAUGUGGGAGUGGUGAGUUUUUGAGAAGGCGGGGGAGUUGAUUUGAAAAUUCGUCCAUUUCUUUCAUUUAUUA